UCCUAUGGCUGCUUAUGUGAAUAAAUUUAAACAUAGAUUACAAACGGCUAUUUCAAUAGCCCAUAAUCAUUUGAGUAAAGCUCAGGCUAAAAUGAAAGAACAGUUUGAUAAAGUACAUAAUACUGAAGAAAGAAGCUUCAAUAAGGGUGAUUUAGUUUUGGCCUUGCUACCUCUUGCUAACCAGCCUCUUCAAUCUCGAUAUGCGGGUCCAUUCCGUAUUUUAAAGCGAACUAGUGAUGUUAAUUAUGUAAUUGAAACCCCUAAGAGACGUAAGAAACAACGUCAUGUACAUGUGAACCUCCUGAAAAAGUACUAUGAACGGGGUGAUUUGAAAGAAAAUAUGGAAAAUGUAAGAGAGGUUUCCAUGGUUGUACCUUCUAACGUCAGUAGUGAACAUAAUGAAAUCAUUUCUAUGGUAGAACCUAAUCUCACCAACUCAGUUAUCUUAGCUAAACUUGAUGAUAAACUUAUACAUCUUUCUGCUGCCCAAGCAGCAAACAUUGGUUCUCUUCUACAGGAGUAUGGUAAACUAUUCAGUGAUGUACCUCGUCUUUGCCCAUUGCUGGACCACGAUGUUGAGACUAGGGAUGCUCAACCAGUACGCCAAGCUCCCUAUCGCCUCAACGCAGAGAAGAGGGCAUUCCUACAGGCAGAGGUUCAACGCCCGAAAGAACAGGGGAUCAUCAGUCCCAGCCUUAGCCCUGGGCAUCACCCGUGGUGCUAG